AUGGGUGAGACGUUCUCCCAGCUGGGCGCUCAGGAGGAUGAAAACACUGCGGUCCUGCCCCCUGACUCAUCCAGCCAUGGGGGCGGCAGGUUUUUUUCUGCCCCUUGCGAAAGGGCUGCUGGUGCCAGCUACGUGACCUGUCCCACCUGCCAGGGCAAUAAGGAGAUCCCUCGAGAACUAGAGAGGCAGCUGGUGGCCCUCAUCCCCUAUGGGGACCAGAGGCUGAAGCCCAGGCACACGGAGCUCUCCGUGUGCCUGGCAGUGCUCGUCUGCCUGGUGACCACCUCCCUCACCAUCUUUUUCCUGUUUCCCCGGUCCAUCGACACGCAGCCUGCAGGCCUCAACUCCUCCUCCACUGUGACCUUGGACGAGGCUGUCUACAUCAACAUAACGAGCAUCUUGAACAUCUCCAAUAGCAACUACUACCCCAUCAGAGUGACGCAGCUAACCAUUGAGGUUCUGCACCUGUCCGUCGUGGUGGGGCAGGUGUCCACCAGCCUCCUCCUCGACAUCGGCCCUUUGGCCAGCAAACAGAUGUUUUAUGCAGUAGCCAACAAGAUCUGGGAUGAAAACACAGUCAAAAUCUGCAGCUGGCUGAAAAUCAAAGUCCACCAUGUGCUUCUGCACAUCCAGGGCACCUUGACCUACAUCUGCCUGAGCCAUUCCGAGCAGAAGGUCUUCCAGAGCUAUGAAUACGUGGACUGCCGGGAAAACGCAUCAGCGCCCCACUUGCUGGUCCCUCACCUCCCGUGA